GUUUGUAAAGAAGUUCUGCUAAUAAAGAUAUAAGGGAAAAAUGACAUUCAGAAAAGUGAACAUUGCCAUCCUUGUACUUGCUGUUGUUAUAUUUUUAUUAGUUCUGCAUCAUAACCUUCUGGGUCUCAGUGACUUUUUGAAACGAGAUGUAUCAGAUUCAAGUUUGUUAGGACUCCAGCCUAUAGAUUUCAUACCUGAGGUUCCUGAAAGGCUGACUGACGAAAGAAAUGAUCUGGAAAUUCCUGUGGUUAUUACAGCUUCAAAUGACAGACUUGCGGGUGCAAUUGCAGCCAUGAACAGCAUUUACCACAACACUAAAUCCAACGUGGUGUUCCAUAUUGUCACUCUAAAUGAUACAGUGGACCAUUUAAGGGCAUGGCUGAGUAAAACUGCUCUGAAAAAAGUAAAAUACCGAAUUUUGGAUUUUGACCCUCAUGUUUUGGAAGGGAAAGUGAAAGAGGAAACUGAACAGACAGAGUCCAUAAAACCAUUAACCUUUGCAAGGUUCUACUUGCCUAUGUUGGUUCCUCAUGCAGAGAAGACCAUAUACCUGGAUGAUGAUGUAAUAGUGCAAGAUGAUAUCCUUGAACUUUACAACACACCACUGAAACCUGGACAUGCAGCUGCAUUUGCAGAUGACUGUGAUUCAACCUCUAAUAAAUUUGCUGUCCGUGGAGCAGGGAAUCAGUACAAUUAUAUUGGAUUUUUAGAUUAUAAGAAACAAACAAUCCGUAAACUAGCCAUGAAAGCCAGCACCUGCUCUUUCAAUCCCGGGAUCAUUGUUGCCAAUCUAACAGAAUGGAAACUACAGAACAUCACUAAGCAAUUGGAGAAAUGGAUGACACUUAAUGUAGCAGAGGAGUUAUACAGCCGAACUCUGGCAGGUAACAUUGCCACGCCACCACUGCUAAUUGUAUUUUACAAGAAACAUUCCAAUAUUGAUCCCAUGUGGAACGUCCGACAUCUUGGCUCUAGCACUGGAAAAAGAUAUUCUCCUCAGUUUGUGAAAGUUGCUAAAUUGCUGCAUUGGAAUGGGCAUUUCAAACCCUGGGGAAGAACAGCUUCAUAUGCUGAUGUCUGGGAGAAGUGGUACAUCCCAGAUCCUACUGGCAAGUUUAACUUGAUCCGCAGACACUCUGAGGUCGAUGAAGCCCAAUAAAAUGGAUUUACAAACUCUUGUCAUUUUCUCAGGAAACUCUUGGAGCCAGCAGUGUUUCUUUCACCUGAUUUAUAUUGCAGCAGUCUUUGCUUCUUUGGAGCACAGGGGAGGGUAUGUGUUUAGGUGAAAUGAUUAACUGUACCAAACUGCAUGCCUGAAGAGACUUACUUCAAAUAUGACAGAGGAAACUUAGUCUAGCCACACUACAAAGAGUGGGGAAACACCUUCAUAAACUAGCAUUUUGCUGGGUAAUUCCUUUCAAUAGCAUUUUUCCAGGCUACCCCUAAUCUUCUAGGUUCAGUAUUUUGUCGGCUACAUAAAUGUCUCCUGUUCUUAGGAACACUGAGUGACUGCCACACGCAAAUCUUGCACUCCAAUGAUAAUCAAAAGCUGCUACUUGGUUUCUUGUUACCAUAUUCUGUGAUAUGAGCUUUAUAAAAGCCAGUUUCUCUUGCAUGAAGACCCACUCGCUAUUUAUAUUUAAUCAUUUCUCGUGAUGUGUAUUAACUUAAUCUAUAUUUUUCAAAGGCUACUCAAGUAUUAUUUCACUCUGAAUUUUUUUAAAUGAUUGCCACUUACCAAAAACUGUUUUUCAAGUUGUGGAGUAUAUUAAGCCUUCUUCAAAAAUAAAAUGAUUUUUAAAGUUUAA